AUGACAAUUAAAAUGGAAAUGACUAAAAAGUCAAAUUCUUUUAACAUGAUUUAUGAUUUCGAUAAAAAUUUAAAAGCAGUUAAGUUAGAAAAACCAGUGAAAAAAAAUACUUUAAAUACAAAUAAUCCAUUUGUUGUGAUUCUCAAUAUUGACAUAUGGAUUUUGAUAAAAAUUAGAUAUUAUACAUCAGCAUUAAUCAAGACAUUAUUGCCUUUGUUUAAUAUUUUUUUUAUUGUCAGUUUUGGAGCUAGUUUAUUGAUGGUACAAGAAUUAAUACAAUUGUCAUCUAAAAAUUAUGAAAGCAUGAUGAAUCAUGAUGACAAAAUAGACUCAACAAUGUUGAUGGCAAUAUCAGAUUAUUCAUCGAUUGAAAGAGACAACAAGCUAGAUCGUGAAUUGAUAUUUUUAAAAAGCAAAACAUUGAGUCUUGAAGCUCUUGUCAGAAAAAUGGAUUCUCAGUUAAAGACAUUUUAUGAAAAUGAAAAUUUAAAAAAACAAAUAUUACCUGAUUUUGCAUCUGAAACAGUUGGAGGUUCAAUAAUCAGUACACCAGAUACUGAGCCAUAUCUUGAUGAAAGCCAAACUCAAACAACAUUAUUUGGCAUUGCCAUUUGUAAGCCAAGUUAUUUUACACCACGUAAAAUUAUCCAGCCAUGGAGAGAACCUGGUGAAUGUUGGGCCUUCAAAGGAGCCAAAGGUAAUGUUGAAAUUGAACUGGUACAUUUGGUAUAUCUUCAGAGUGUCACCUUGGAACACAUCUCCAAGUCAGUAUCAUUAACUGGUACCAUCAACUCAGCACCACGAGAAUUUAGAAUAUUAGGAAAAAUUGAUGAUAAAUACGUUGUUCUUGGAGUGUUUAGUUAUGAUGAUGAAGGAACAUCAUCACAAAAUUUUCCAUUAAAAAACCAAAUUGCAGAGAGUACUCCAAUUAAAAUAGUAAUGCUUCAAGUUUUAUCAAAUUAUGGAAAUCCAGAUUAUACCUGUGUUUAUCGUUUAAAAGUUCAUGGAAAAAUUCAUAAAAUUUUCCAAUUAUAAUUUUCAUUUAAAUAUUAAAUGACUAUUUGAAUAUCCACAAGUUUAUCUACAGUCGAUAUGCAACGCCAUGUUGAUUGUUGAUUAAAAUUAUUAUUUUUUUUU